AUGUCUCUGACUAGAUCUCAGGUGCAUCCCUUGCGAAUCAACAAGACAACUACACCAACCAAAGGUCCAUCCAUCAUGGCGAGUGGAAUCCCUCGCCCGCUGUCGGAGCUCUCGCCGACAGAGAUGAGAAGAAACUCUCCCAGCUGGCAUAGACAAUCUACUGGUUCUCCCAAGGUACGUCGGCUGACCGCCAACCCGUGUUUGGGCUUCUGUAUUGAUAGCAUGCAGAAAUCACCCGGAAAUCCCGACUCGUCACCAUUCCAACCUUCACCCGCGGAAUCAGUGACAUCUCCUCGUUUGUUUUGGCAGAACCGCAACUCUGAAAAUCUAUACGGAUCUGGGUCACCAUCACCAAACCGCCGCUCUUCGAUUGAGCGUCUUCAGAAAGCGUCUCGGGUGAGGAACAGCAAUAUCCUUGCACUCGAACAGAAGCAGGAAUAUGAUCCCACUCGAAUCCCUCAGAUCGAAAGACCCCUCGCUAAGGUCCAAGGGAACGCCUUUGGGUCGACUGGAUCUUUCCGCUCUUCGACUAUCGAGCGCCCAAUCUUUGGCCAUUCUCGGAGUGACAGCGCGAUGACUAUUCCUGCCGUCAGUCCGAAGUCGUCCACUCAGACAGCCGGCUCACCGAACCGUCCUCUGACGCCCAGCCGAGAUCAAGUAUCGCCUACGAAGUCCUCCCUUUCACACUCAAGGUUCAAGAACAGCUUUGACAUGGAGACGAAUACUUGGUCAUUUGGCUCACCCGAAGAGGAUGACGAUCAUCCGAUGGGACGUCGCCACGCAAAAAGUGUGACUUUUGAUGCCGCACCUCCUCAGAUCAACGAAUAUGAGAUGGCAACUCCCGACCUGUCUUCUAUUGGCACCAACUCUCGUGAGGGAAGCUAUGAGUCAAUCGAGUAUGAUGAAGAUGAUGAUGUCCUGUAUGAUCCUGGCCACGUUGAUCUUGAGGGCGAUAGCUUUGACGCUUCCCUGGAAGACACAGACAAAACUCCCGUUGUUGGGCCUGAUGACUGGAGAGGCGACAGUCCCAUGGUGAACCGCAAUGGGCCUCGUGAGUACAGUGACAGUCCCAUGCCUGAGGGUACACCUUCUGCCGCCACGGCUGGUCGCCCUUUACAUAUCCGAAGUGACUCUACGACUUCAAACGGAGAGCAUCGGCCUCUACCGCCUCUUCCUGGUUUUAUGAGCCAUUCCCGCAACAAUUCUGUACCCUCUUCACCUGCAUCGCCAAGUCUGUCAGCAACCGCAGAAAGAAUGCUUGGGUCUAACAGGAAUCUUCCAUCACCUCCUCAAGCCUCUGCCACAAGCAAGUCAGACAUCCAUAGCAUUGGCAAUGCCAAGAUGUCGCUUGAAGAGCGAUUGAGACUCAUGAUGUUGUCGGACGAUGGCGAUGGCAAGACAGCCGCUGAGCAGCAGCGUGAGCGUCGCCUUCGUAGAGCUAAUGGCCGCGAACGAUUGAGCAGCCCAAUUUCUGAGCCCGAGUCAACAACAAGCCUCAACGAUGCUCUUCAAGAGCAUGAUGACGUUGUUGGUGACAUGUCGGCUCUUGAUGAUUAUCAAUUACCUCCGCGUAUCUCCCGGGACUCCAUCAUGCGAAAGGUCAACGGUAACAACAAGACAUCCGAUCAAGAGAAGGAUUGCAUCUUCUCUUCCCCUCCCACUUCAAGAAGUCCAAGCAGAAGCCCCGAAAGGCAGGUUCUUGCAGACCCUGAUGUGCCUAUUCCGUCUACCGAGGAUUCUUUGCACGGUAUGUCCGAUGACGAAGAGGAGGAGGAAGAGGAAGGUAGCGUCAUUAUCAGAAGAAUGCCUGAGAGCGAGAUCGAGUUUUACGAAGACUCGGACGUCGAUUUCGAUGAGGAGGAGUCUAAGCUGGAGCUGCCAGCUGACAGUGACAGUGAAAGCCACUACUCGUCUCAGGAACCUACACCGGCACAAGCCAAACCUGAAGAAGUCCAGAAGGAGGCAAGAGAGGAAAGCCUACAGCUUGAUGACCUCCGAGAGGAAGUCAUGACACCUAGACCUACUCAUGCACAAAACGAUAGCGUCUCAUCGUUACCAGACUUUGCUUCGGGCGACAAAGAAGCUUCUUUCUCCAGAGAUUUCGAGUCUUAUAUGCUCCCUGAGCCUGAGGAGCCCAAGGUAAUUGAAGAGCCUGUGAAAGAAGUGAACGAGAUUGAAGCUCCAAAAAUGGCUGAUGCGCAUGCUUAUCUUCAGCGCCCAUUCACUCCCGAGCAUCUCUCCAAGCCCGAGUAUGAUGGCACUGGAUGGGGUGAUCCUGAAGACGAGUAUGACGAUGACUGCCCCAGCACACCAGACUCGGUUAUUCACCACCCAGCUCCUGUACGCGUGGAAGAACCUGAGCAAGCCACUAUUCCCGAGCGAUCCGCUACCAUCAAGGCCCCAGGUUCAAAGCUUAAGACUCGUUUGUCAAACACUCCCUCGGACAUUAGUGCUAUGCGAGAGGCUCGCCGACAAGUGAGCAUGGAGGUGCCCGAUGUCCCUCCGAUUCCCGACAAGCAUAGCAAGCGCCUCUCGAAGGACAACAACGGACUCUUGCUCACUGGUGACGAAUUCAUUAACCGGCAUCCUAGUUUCAAGAAUCGCAGCUUGACAUUGGAUCUUGACUUAGGUCUCAGCCUCGACCAAGACUUUGAGCGAGUCAUCGAGGCACAAAAGGUGGCUUACAACGAUCUCUUUACUCAACCCCCAGCCCACAACAGCCCCAGUAGACAAGUGUCUGCAGCAAAAGCCCAACAACAAAUUGCUGAAGGACUCAAUGCUAACGUAACAUCUCGUCGUCAGCGCGGUUAUCUCAUGCGACAAAAUACGAAAGUUGUUACUGCCAGUGACAAGGAUACCGAAGACUUUCGAGUUGCCAGAUCUGUUGGCAAUUCUCCUGUUAAGGAGGAUAGGCCCAUGUCAUGCAUUGUUGAGCCAUGGAAUGGUAAGCCUCGCCAAAGAAGUGUACGGAAGCGUGUAGGCGGCAGCACUGGUCCUGUGCCACCUAUGCCCGGUCAAGAAAGUAACGCAACAGCCGUCAGUCAUGCCCCUGUCGACGAGGACCUUACACUUGAAAUGGCAACGCCAGAAAGCGGAGAGAGAGGCCGCCUAUUCGUCAAGGUUAUGGGUGUCAAAGAUCUUGAUCUACCUCUUCCAAGAACAUGGCUUGAGCUAGCACGCAAUGCUCCAAUUGGCCAGGAGUUUGAGCUCGUCGUACCUAAUGACCUCGAGUUUCAACUGACCCUCAACGUUAAGCUGGAGAAACCUGUGGAGCGUGCUAAGCCGCCGCCACCUACAGUCAAGACUCACAAGCACAAAACCUCGACCUUCAGCAGGGUAUUCGCAUCGCCCAAGAAACGCAAAGAACUGGAGCUCCGCCAGCGGGAAGAAGAGGAACGAGCUGUACAGCAACAGAAGGACGCCCAGGCCAAACAGCGCACCGGACCUCCCACAGCUUACGAGCUUCUAUCUCCCCUGGCUGCGGAGGACGGUAGCUUUGGUCGCGCCUAUGUUUGUCUUCGAGAACAUGAGAGUCGGUGCUUUGGUCGGCCUUAUAUGGCUGAAGUUGCUUGCUUCAAUGAAUGGGCCACAGAAGAGGCUGGAUUUGCGUCCAGUGUCAAGAGUAAGCGCGGCAACACGGCCGUUGUCCGACGUGCACCCUACAAGGUGGGCAAGCUGGAGCUUCAGCUCCUCUUUGUUCCUCGCCCUAAGAAUGCCACGGACGAUGAUAUGCCCAAGAGUAUGAACUCAUGCAUCCGGGAGCUCAAGGCAGCAGAAGAGAGGAUGUCUCGCAACUGGGAGGGUCACCUUAGUCAACAAGGUGGUGAUUGCCCUUACUGGCGCCGCAGGUAUUUUAAACUUGUGGGUACCAAGCUCACUGCUUAUCAUGAGGCAACUCGUCAACCUCGAGCUACCAUCAACCUGGCCAACGCCAAACGGUUGAUUGACGAUCGCCGAGCGUUGACAGAAAAGGAGACUACUGGUAGAGGGGGUCGACGACGUCGAUCUGCUUUUGCGGAAGAUGAAGAAGGUUACAUGUUUGUCGAGGAAGGAUUCCGUAUCCGAUUCAACAACGGUGAACUCAUUGACUUUUACGCAGACACAGCUGCAGACAAGGAAGGCUGGAUGAAGGUCCUCACUGACGUUGUCGGACGUGACAAUUCAGAUGAUGACGCUUCAAAUCAGCGAGCAAAGGCUAAGUGGUGUCAGUUGGUUCUCCGUCGAGAGGAGCAACUACGUCGUCGAGCAUCAGGUCGCCGAGUGAACUCACGACCUAAGAGUAUGUUCCUCUAA